AUGAAGCUCCAAACCAUUGUUUUGUUUCUGACCGCCAGUUUGGCUUCGGUGAUUCAUACUCAAGCGUGCACUGUUGUUUACCGUGGUAUGUAUACACAUGAAACUGGUGAUGUAGGAGGUGGGUGUUUUGGUACCGACCCGUCCGAUCCUAUUACUUACGUUGAGACCAGACCCAAUCCUGCACGUCCUCCUGUAGUCUGCUACGUGUUUUAUGAGGACUACGGCUGCAACGGAAAAGUUGUACAUCCUUUUGACUGUGCUUACUCCCAUCCACCUGGUAUAAUUGCAAAAUCAGUCAGAAUAACGUGCCCGCCCGGAACAUAA